CUUAGUUCCGCGCUAUGUUGGGACCAACGCAGUCAACUACAUAACAUUCGAUUGCCUCGUAUGGUGCCCAUCAUCUCUUCUUCUGGCCUUGUGAGAGGUACAGGUGCACAGACAGUAAAACCAACGGCUCACCAUUAGCCGCCGGUACUUAAAAAGCUAACCUCUUCCCACCACAUUUUCCUCCGAAAGCAGCCAGCCAUCUCUUGCCCAUAAUGUCAUCGGGAACCUCCGAUGUGGCUGACCAUAGGUCUAACAAGGAGACAACAGAAGUUAUGGAACAAAUCGCCAAGACUGUUUCCUCUGAUCGGCAUGAAUUGCCAUCAGGACUGCAAAUGCCGGAAGUAUUGCAGCGUAUGAAUUCUGAACAACGCGCUCAAUUGAACCAGAGCGUGAGGAAGAAGAUUGACAUGCGACUCUUGCCGAUGGUUAUGCUGAUGUAUGUCAUGAACUACAUUGACAGAAACAAUAUCGGUGCCGCCAGAUAUGCAGGAUUAGAGGAGGAACUGCAGCUUGACAAGGACGGAACUCAAUUUUCCACAGCCGUUGGCAUUUUAUUUGUUGGCUAUAUUUUGAUGCAGGUUCCGUCUAAUCUCAUGUUGAACAAGAUUGGCAAACCUGGACAGUAUCUUCCUGCCUGUAUGGCCGUUUGGGGUGUAAUUUCAGCAGCAACUGCUGCUUGUAACAAUUUCGGGGGCCUUGUUGCAUGCCGUUUCUUCUUAGGUCUUAUUGAAGCCGCGUAUUUUCCCGGCUGUCUAUAUUAUCUGAGCUGCUGGUACACUCGUAAAGAACUCGGUCUUCGUACCACGACCCUGUACAUUGGUUCUCUGCUAUCUGGCGCUUUCUCUGGUCUUAUAUCAGCUGGUAUAACCAACAACAUGGACGGAGUUCGAGGACUGCGAGCAUGGAGAUGGCUAUUUCUGAUUGAAGGAGUCAUUACCGUUGGCAUAGCUAUCGCAGCAUAUUUUAUACUCCCCAACUUCCCUCGUACCACGAGUUGGCUAAACGAAGAGGAGAUGGCAAUGGCUGUGUGGAGACUGGAGGAGGAUAUUGGUCAGGAUGACUGGGUCAACAGCGGGGAGCAGACCUUUUGGAAGAGCUUCAAAUCUGCGCUUCGCGAUAUCAAACUAUGGCCCCUGCUCUUCUUGCUUACAGGAAAUGUUACGGCGGCAUCCAUCACAGCGUUCUUCCCGUCUGUCGUGGGAACACUCAACUACCCACCAGUGACGACGCUGCUACUGACCAGCCCGCCUUAUGUGUUAGGUAUUAUCACGACGUGUAUUAAUGCCUGGCAUGCCGAUAGAACAGGGGAGCGGUUCUUCCACAUCACGAUUCCUCUGUGUGUGGCUAUGGCUUCCUUCAUCCUCGCUGCAGCAACGACCAAUACUGCUGCACGCUACGUCGCCAUCAUGAUCAUGAUUCCCGGGCUGUACAGCGGCUACACUACAGCGUUGGCGUGGAUUAGCAACACACUUCCGAGGCCGCCAGCCAAGAGAGCAGCGGCAUUGGCUUUCAUCAACGCUGUUUCCAACCUGACUUCCAUAUACACGCCGUAUCUGUACCCCAAGACAGCAGCACCUCGAUACACAGCGGCGUUUAUCCACAACUGCGCCAUGAUAGCUGUGUCUAUUGCCGCAGCGUCAGUGCUUCGUAUUAUGCUGGCACGCUUGAACAAGAAGCUAGAUCGAGGCGAGCGAGUGGAAGGAGCCAUCAACUCUGCUCCAGGAGAAGCAGCAGAAAAUGGGUUCCGAUUUUUGCUGUAGUACUCUUUGGCCUGUGAACUUUGACUGUGUGUGUUGGGGUUCUGUGAGAGUUUACAUGGCGCCGGUCGAGUGGUGGAAGAUUAUCAUACUAAUAAGAGCGAAGCUACCAAGACUGUCAGAUAUAAUUAAUUAGCAAGCAAAAGUUUACAAUAAAACUUUUAUUACUGAG